CAGUGGCUUGGCAACUAAUGCGCCGGCUCGAGGUCUGACUAUGCAUAUUUAGUUUUUAUUGUGGUUCUGGAUUUCGAUGUGGAACCUUUCGAGCAAGUCCUACCGUGAGUUCGGGUUAGUCGAUUGGAGGUGAUUGUGUUGUGAGGUACCGAAAACUACCAACUUCAAAAUGAAUAGCCUGAACCGCGAUUGCUUGAGUGAGCACGAUCUUCAGGUGUUGGAGUCAAUCUUCAACCCUUCGCAAAUCGGUGGAGAAGAACUGCUCUACACUGGGAAGGAAGAGUUUCCUGAUGAUCUACAAGACCUCGCUGAACCGGACAAUCCCCGCAUUCAGCAGUCGAAGAAGCUUGAGAUCGAUGCAAUCGAGCUUGCCGAGAAUGGAAAACUUCAAGAAGCGAUCGAACUUUUCAGCAAGAGUAUCGAAACAGCACCGGAACGGCCUGCACCGUGGAACAAUCGAGCCCAAACGCAUCGUUAUUUGGGCAAUGAGGAAGCGGCACUGGAGGACAUCGAACAGGCGCUGAAGCUUUCGAACCGGUCCGGGCGGACGGGCUGCCGGGCGCUAUGCCAAAGGGGAGUACUGCGAAGGAAGAAUGCCGAUGCGGAUGGGGCCCGGGAGGAUUUCGAAGCGGCGGCCAAGUUGGGAAGCAAGUUUGCGCGCACACAGUUGAUUGAGCUGAACCCGUAUGCGGCGCUGUGCAAUCAGAUGCUGCGGGAAGUGAUGAAGGUGGCGUGAUUGAUGCCAUCAAUAUAUGUAAUAUGUCUCUCUCUAUUCUUGAAUAACUUGGAGCAUCAGAUUUUUAGGAAGUUAUUGAAAAUCAAGUAAAAAUAAUAUUGUAAAUAUGUCUUUAACAACUACAAAAAUAAAAGAUAUAAAUCUAAA